AUUUUCCAGUGCUUUGGAAGUUGUAGUUCCUUCGCUAACAGUGGGAUGGGUCGGUUGGAAAAGAUACUGAUUCCCUUUUUGGGAUUGGUUUUGGCCUUCUGGUUUUAUUCUGCGAGGGAGAAUUUCAAACCGGAGAUGAUGAAAGGGAAGCGGGUGAUCGUCACCGGAGCGAGCACUGGGAUUGGGGAGCAGAUGGCCUACCACCUGGCACGGAUGGGAGCCCACAUCCUCAUCACUGCACGGACAGAGGCCAAGCUGCAGAAAGUGGUGGAGCAGUGCCUGGAGCUGGGAGCAGCCUCUGCAGAGUACAUCAGUGGCAGCAUGGAGGACAUGGCCUUUGCCAAGUAUGUGGUGGAGGAGGCAGAGAUCUUACUGGGAGGCCUAGACAUGCUGAUUCUUAACCACGUUGGCACGUCCUACUUUGGUUAUUUCAAUGGGGAUGUGGAGCACGUACGAAAGCUCCUGGAGAUCAAUUUCCUCAGCUACGUGGCCAUGACCACGUCUGCCCUGCCCAUGCUGAAGGAGAGCGAGGGCAGCAUCGUGGUGGUCUCGUCCAUGGCAGGUAAAGUCGGCUUUCCCUUUACUGUCCCCUACUCUGCAACCAAGUUUGCCCUGGAUGGAUUUUUUAGCUCCCUGAGGCAGGAAUUCACCAUUCAGAACAUUAAUGUUUCCAUCACACUCUGCAUCCUUGGCUUCAUCGAUACAGAGAACGCGGUGCGCGCGGCCGGGGACGUGCUGCGCGUGCGGCCGGCGCCGCGCGAGGAGUGCGCGCUGGAGAUCCUGAAGGGGGCGGCCUUGCGGCGGCGCGAGCUCUACUACCGCUACAGCUCCACGCGGCUGCCGCUGCUGCUGCGCGACUGCGCCGCCGAGCUGCUGGACUACCUGGUGCGGGGCCGCUACCGCCUGGAAGGGCUCCAGCGCCCCUAG